AAGAGUGCUGAAAGGACUUCAGUCUCCUGUUAUCCUGUAACUGCUAAGCGUCUCCUCUAUGGCAUAUCAACAUCGCAUGCAUUAUCUAGAGGGUGUGACCAAGUUGAACGACAAAAAAUUUUCAUACUUUGCUCAGUCUUCGGAAUGUGAAGUUCCUGCAGGACAUUUGUCUCAGCGACGUAGCAAGCAGCAAUAAAACUAAAAACUUAAAAAAUCUAAAAGAAAACCAAUUCAAUUGAAUUCAACAGAAAUCACAAACAACUACAGUGAAAAUGAAAAAAACUUGCCAAAAAAAGUGCUUCGUGGACGUCUAAAUUACCGUUUCGUGGUUUCGUGCCAGGCAAAAGAAUUUAAAAUGUGCGACAGUUUGAUGUCAAGAGUUUAGAACUCUGCCCUCAGAACACACGAAGCAUAACAACGACCAGGACGAGGACGCGGACGCGGACGAGGACGGCACCUGCAGGAGCAUCGCACUCCACACCGUCUCCAUUUCCAUCUCCAAUCCACGCAGCACUUCAUUUGGGACCACUUCACAAGCACUUAGUACGCAUUAGGCGGCCAAUCCCAAAACCAGGAUGGGCGACUAUCACGAGUUUACGGAUCAGUACAAAGUGCCGGUGAUAGCCAAGCUGCUGCACGCUCUGCCCCACUACAAUAUCACGUUCCACAAAAUCAACAGCACGUUCCGGCCCAACGAUGAGAUCUAUCUGGAGAGCCUGGGCAUAUUGGGAUCGGUGCCGGCAGCGCUGCUGAUUGUCUCUUUGCUGGGACUGCUGUUUUAUUUGAUGACGCGCUGCUGUGACCGGAAGCCGCGACCGGCGCACUCCAUAACCAGCUUGAAGGUGGCACUGUCCAUAGUUACGGUGAUGUGCUGUGCGGCGAUUGGACUGGGCCUCUAUGGGAACGAUGAUCUGCACAAUGGACUGCUGGAGGUGCUCACAGCUGGACGCAAAGUGGACAAUUUGGUGACAACAAUACGAAAUCAAACGCACAUACUGGAGAAUACGCUGACCAAUCGCAUCAGGCCGCAGCUGGUGGAGCUGGCCGAUAUUUUUGAUCAGCCGGUGUCCAAUCAGACGGCGCUCUCCAAGCUCUUUGUCUCGCUCAACAUUGUGCAGGGUAAUGUGACAUUGGCAACGAAUGCGGCCAGCGAUAUACGACGUCCACUGAUGGGCAUCUCGAUGACGCACUUCCUCACUCGCGGCGACCAAUGGGAGCUGAUUCGCUGGCCGGGCACGGUGGCAACUCUGGCUUUGCUGCUCGUACUCUGUGCCGUCUUACUCGUGGGCGUGGCACGGCACUCGCGCUGUGCCCUAAUCCUGUUUAGCGUAUGCGGCCUGCUGGCCGUUACCGGCUCCUGGCUGAUGUCCGGCCUGUAUCUGUCAUCGUCGGUGGCGGUUGGCGAUCUGUGCAUUAGUCCAGCCGAUUUUCUGGUCUCGACAGCGCCACGGGAUCUCCCAACGAAUGUGCUGCUGCACUAUACACAAUGCGAGCCGGGACACACGAAUCCGUUUACCCAGCGACUACGCGAAUCGCAAAACUCCCUUAACAAUGCCCGCAGCGCCAUGGCCACCGUGAUGAAGAUCUCUCUGGUGCUGUUCAAGAGUUCGGGCCUGCAGCCGAAAUUGGGUGCGGUGAAUGCGGAUUUGAACAGUAGCGAACGGCUGCUCACCCAGCUGACCGCCCUGGUUGACUGCAAGGCGGUGCAUCACAAUUUUUUGGCCGCGGCCCGUGGCCUCUGUGAGGGCGGCCUGUUGGGCCUGGUGCUGAUGCUCAUUGCCAGCUUCAUAGCGGCCAUAUUGCUGACGAUUAUGGUGUGGGUCGAUUCGCACACAUGGAUCUAUAUACGCAAGCGUAACGACUAUGCCCAGGUGGAUGAGCCAUCGUAUAUAUCGCAUCCGGCGCCACAGAAUCAUCAGCAGAUGAUGAAUGCGGCACGCACCCUGCCGCGAAACCAUAACGGGCACUUCAGUCCGCCGGUGAUCAGUGGCUCCCACACGUUGCAGCAUCCCAACAAGCGACAGCAGCACGAGAUGAUGGCCCACGCACACAUCCAGCAAAACAUGCGGGCAAUGGGCACCCAUACGCUGGGCAGACUGCCGUCGCACAACCACAGCCCCACCCACAUGACUGGUCCUAAUAACGCCGCCGCCGUCGCCGCCGCCGCAGCCGCUUCCUCCGUACCGCCCACCACACAGGCCCAGGUGGCCCAGGCCCAGGCUCAGGCCCAGGCUCAGGCCCACGCUCAUGCCCAGGCUCAGCAGCAGCAGCAACAGCAGUUGGGUCCGCAGCCAAUCUACUGCCAUCAUCCGCACCAGCAUCCGCACGCGCAUCCGCACGCACAUCCCCAUUCGCACUCGGCCGCAGUUGCCGCUGCCGUGCAGCACCAGCACGCCAUUUACCACCAGCAACAGGCGCAGGCCCAGGCCCAGGCACAGCAGUAUGGCACAUAUACGACGGCCGCGGCGGCACAUGCACAUGCGCAGCAGCAUCAUUUGCCGCCGCCGGGUCAGAGCCAGAUCUAUCAGCAGAUACCGGCGCAUUUGGCCGGUCAACUGGCGCCCAAUGGGAAUCCGCAUUCCAUUUAUCAGCCGCUGGUGGCGGUUAGCCAGGGAUCCAUUUAUGUGUCCAAUUUGGCGACAAUGCGCCGCCAAAAUAGCCAGGGUGGGCCGCAAAUACCGGCGCAUCACCACCAGGCCUCAGUGCAGGCGCAGCCACCGCCAAAUCCACACCAGCAGCAGCAACAGCAACCGAAUCCUCAUGCCCACCAGCAGCAGGCGCCACAGCAGCAGCAGCAGCAGCCGCCGCCGCCUUCGCAGCAGCAACAGCAGCAGAUGCUACAGCAUCAGCUGAAGUCGCCGCAGCAACAGCAGCUGCAGCAACUGCAGCAGCAGCAGCAUCAGCAGCCACCGGAGGCGGAAGUGGUGCCCAUUAGUACCACCAUGGAUACGGCCAUAUACGAUCGGGAUAAGCAAAUUUACAAGUGCUCCACACUGCGCCAGGGCGGCAAAUUUGAUCCCAAGUACAAGCCAUCAAUACUGAAUUGCCCACUGCCUGAAAUACCCAAAGAUGCGGAGCAGCCAAAAGUGGAGUCCAUCUAUCAGCAGCAGCAGCAGCAUCAGUCGCAGAACUAUUCCAAAACUUUGCAACGGCCACCAAUGAAGCUGCCGCCGCAAAUGAAGGCCAUACCGCCGCCACGGAUUGGUACGCCCACCUCGCCGCCGCCGCCAACAGCUCAGGUUGAUGCGGCGCUGCAGAAUGGCGGCGGCAAUGAUGAUGCCGCCCUGCCACCGCCGCCCAUGGAGGCGCAGACGCAUCUGGGCACCAGCGUGGACGCCACGCCGCCCAAGUCACGCAUCCAGGCCGCCAAUGGCAAGCCUGGCAACGGUCUCGCACUGCACAAUGGCGGCGGUGGCGUCGGCGGUGGCGGUGGGGGUGGGGUUGGUGUUGGGGGUGGCAACGGUGGUGGAGCAGCACCAUCAGCUGGAAAUGCUGGCACCGUUCUGGACGAUGACGACGAUCUGCCACCGCCUCCGCCGGCGAUAACCGACGAGAGCAACUAUGCCGUAACCGAGCUGUAAGCGCAGCUGUGCAAAGAGAUUUGGUUAUACAACCAGGAUGUGCCCCAGACCUGAUGGCAUUUAGUAACAUUUUGAGUGUUCCUUGGUUCUUGAUUUGCAUUUCGAAUCCUAAUCCUCUCUUAUGCAUCCUACCAAUUAGGGCUAGCCAAACACACAAAAAAUGAAACGAAAACAAAAAUACUUGAAACUGAUGGAAAUACAACCCAACUACUCGACUUUUGUAUAUAUACAAACACACACGACUACACAAAUCCUAACUAUUAUACACACAUACACAUACAUAUGUAUCUAUGACAUUUACUAGACAUACAUAUACAUAUAUGUAUACAUAUACACACAAUAUUUAGUACGAAUAUUCUUUUUGAUAAUAGGCAUUUUUAUGAUCGCAAAAUUUUUAUUGUAACAAUUUUAGCUGGAAACAGAGGCAACAGAAGCAUAACAAGAAGAUGAUAAAGAAGAAGAAGAAGAAUAGGAAGCCAAAAGAGGAGCUGAAUAUAUGCAAAGAACACAAGCAAAUAUGGGAAAAACUUAUUGUAUUAUAUAGCAGUUAUAUACAUAGUUAUAUGUAGAAGUGUAGGCCGGAACUACUCAAAAAAAAGAAAAAAAAGAAAAGAAAAUAUAUAGAUAACAUUGCUUCUGCCCCUCUCUCCACGCAAAAAAAUACUAUUAGUGGUGGCUCUCUAGUUAUAACAUUCAGAAAUUAGUAUUGUUACUGAAAAUACUAAAGACCACUUUUUUCUCUUUAUUGAUUUAUUUUUUUAAAACAAAAAUGUUUCAUAACCUCAAAAAGCAGCUAGCGAGAGCGACCGUUAAAACACAUAACGGUUAAGAGAGGCAACAGAUGAUGGUCGGGGAGGGGGAACAGCAGCAGAGGGCAUCGCAUGAGUGAACGUUUUUCAAGGCAUUUUGUCGAGUCAAUUUUUUUCCAAAAAUAUGAUCGCGAAUGGCCGGCUUUGGUCGGUUGUACGCUAGGGUGUGUGUCUGUGUGUGUGUGCGUGUCUGUGUGUGUGUGUGUGGCAUGAAUGUGCGAAAUCUCUGAUAUUUUGGAACUUGUGGAAGGAGGGGGGGGGGACGGGUUGAGUGGGUUAUUUGGGUUGUGCGCCAGGUUAGGAUCCGGUUAGAGCUGUUCGGACCUUGCGAUUUUAUUGUAAUUAACCGUAAGCUUAACAACAAUUGCAUUUAUUAACAAUUUAAACUAAAUACUUAGCACAUUCCGAGUGCGCAUAUACAUACAUAUACAUAUACAAACAUACUAUAUACAUAUGUAGCUAUACAAGUAACUGUAUAUUUAAUAGCAGUAGCUAAACGAAAGUCGAAAGCGUAGCCUAAAACAAAAACUGGACUAUAUAUGCAUAUGCAUUUAUCCAGAUCGUGUGUAAACAGAUAGCAAUAUAAAAAUUUAUAUAAAAAAAAGUACUGCCCCGACAUUCGGCUGAGCCGAAGCAAACCGCAAACCGAGAACACAAAAAAAAGACGCAAACAAAUACUAAACAGUUAUAAAUGAUAUAUACAUAUAUAUACAUAACUUAUAUAUAUGUAUAUAUAUAUGGACUACCGCAAUAUGAUAAUGUACUUACAAAGAAAUAAAACUCAAUACUUGUGUAGUUAGUUAGCGGAGUUGUUAGUGGAAUUCUAUAAAAAAAAAACAAAAACAAAUACAAAUAAAAGCAAAACAAAACAGUGUGACCAGAGGUCAGGCUAAAGCCCAUCAACUAAAAAGUCGCUUGAACACUGCCCGACAAGUCAGUGAGUUUUUAACACACACACACACUCACACACACACACACACACACACAUAUAUAUAUAUAUAAACUACAUUAACAGUAAAGCUAGAUUUAUUACUAGACUACUACUGUACACUAUAUAGAGCACAUCGGGAAUGAUCAAUUGUAUAAUAUAUAUAUGUAUAAAUAUAUAUAUAUUUAUAUAUAUAUACAUAUGUAUGAAGCAUAUAAAGCGUAAACGAAAACGAAGUGACAAAAGCAAAAAACAAAAGAGAAAAAAACAAAAAAAGAAGAAAAACCAAAAGAAUUUCGAACAUUUAUUCGAUAAACUUAAACUUUUAAGUAUUAAUACUUAUACUGUAUAGAACUGUAAAGUAACUUCAAACAAAAACGACCGAAUCAAGUUUUUUUAUUCGCUUAUAUACAAUUACAAUACAUAAUGUUAUAAAUUAUUGAAAGAUACGGCACGAGCAUAGCUGUCCCACGCCCCCAAUCCACCAUCGAAUUUCGAAAAUGCAAAGAAAAAUUAAAUACCUAUUCGGUUGAUCGAAUAUGAAAUAUAUCCUUGCAGGCAUACGUAUAUUUAGGACAGAUGUGCGACAAUGUUAACUCUGAUCUUUAAGAAUUUCUAGUCACUGUGCAUAAAAUCUAUAAAUCUAUAUACUUCAUAUAGUACUAUACUGUGCAUACAAAGUUUUCCAAUUUAACUUUUCUAUAUAUCUAUAUACUUUAUAUAGUAUACUUUACUGUGCACAAAAAGUUUUCCAAUUUAAGUUUUCUUGCGAAAACUCUAUUUUCAAGCAAUUUUUCUUUUGGAAAAACUUGGAAGCUUUACACAAAAGAAAGUUAUUCCUAAAAUCAUUCACAAAUCGUUCUUGAUGAGAGAUAUACAUGGGCAGGCUUACAUGGUAAAUUAAUCGACCUAAUCAAGAAGAGAAGAAGAGAAUUUUCGGAAAAUAUAUUCUUAUUUUCAACAUAACCUGCAUUUAUGGGGUAUUUAUUGCCGCAGUCCUCCGAUUUUGGUAUGCUUUUCCAGCAGAAUGAUUUCUCAGGGCUCUCAAACUUGACAUAAACUUCGCAGACGAUCUAUCAACCCGUUUGCAAUCCCCAUUUCCUUAUGUUUGGAAAUAUAAAUCGUAUAAUGGAAUGACAUUAUCUGGCUAACUCUAGCGCAUCUGUGCCAAGUUUUGGGUACAUGAAAUCGGCUUGUAUACCCGAUUUAAAAUCACAUACAUAUAUGUAUAUAAACGCACUGCGGGGAUAUAAUUGGGAGAAGUCUAUAAUAGACAAGCAGAUUUAAAGGCAUGAUGGCGCAACUAGAACUUUGGGAAUGGGCUGGAAUGGACUUGCGACAGAAGCUGAUCGAAGAAGCUAUAUAUACACACACAUAAAUACAUACAUAUACAUAUAUAACACACUAGCUCGUAAAUAUAUUUCUGUGUUAAAUGUUGUCAUCGUACGCGUUGUAGUUAUUAAAGGGAAAAUACAAAAAAAAAAGAGAACGAAACUUUAGGAGCUGGGAAACCUUUCGGGAAUGUAGAGGCGGCUGGCAUAGGCCGUCGCGGGGCGCGGCAAGAUCAAGUUGUACAACAUAUGCAAACAUUUAGUGUAUAUGCAUAAAUAGUUAAAGACAAUGUAAAGAAGCGGCAGAAGCAGAAGCUUAAACAAAAAAAAAAAAAAAAAAAGAAAUUAAAGAACAAAACAAAAAACAAGAAAAACAUUAAAAUUCGUAGGCAAAGUCGAAAGCAAAAUGAAAAACAAAAAAAAACUCGCAUACCUAAAAAUUCGAUUAGGUUCGGAAAAUCGCUUGCGAAGCAAUUUCACAAAGUUGCGUGGAAUGGAGUUCGGGAACUAAACCGAUUGAAGGGUAUAUGAUAUUUUAUGCGCAACAAAGUAGAAACUACAUAAAAAAAUAUAUUAAAAAAACCAACAUAAAAAAAAAACAAAAACAAACAA